AUGUUGGUGCCGUCUGACACCAACCGCCACCAAGGGCCGUGGUGCCAUUGGUGCCAAAUGGCGUCCAAAACAAUUGGGACGCGCGAGGUUUUCCCCGCACUCGUUAUUCUUCUUCUUCUGAUUUUUCAAUCUUUUCAAUUUACUUCUCAUUUCACUCUUUGUUCACAUCAGCCCAACGCAAACAUCUGCUUUUGUUGUCUUUGCCGUACAAAAGAGUUGUUGUUUGAGCUGAAAGUUUCGAAUUUUCACAUUGGAUUUUUCGAACUUGUUGGAUUUGUAGGAGACACUCGUAUCAUUUGUUUCGUCGUUUCCAACCCUCGUUUUCGGAAAAAAAAAACAAAAUUUUUCUCCUUUAUUCUUCAAGUCGUGAAAAAUGAGCAUUUUGCAUCUGAAAUUUCUGAAAAUAUUUCAAAUUUUACCACGUUCGGUUUUUUUGAGGUCCUGUAAGCAACUGGAAAAUUUUUCGAUUCUAAUCAUUUUUUUUUUAGUUUUUUUUUUCCAAAGUAGCCAAAUUUCCUCAUAGAAUGACACUUUUCCGAAUUGGAUUUUGUGGAGAUCUCGUAAAAAUUAGAGCUUGAGUUCAUCACUCUGCAUUUUAUCGGGUUUUCUGAGCUAGAGAAACUUUUGUACAGUAGUCGUUUUACACUAACUCUAAUCGUAUCUAACGGCGCUCUUUUUCGGCAAAACUUUUUGAAGGUCCUCUAAUGACUGGCCCGACUGCGAUUUUGUUUAAAGUCUCAGGAUCCUGUAGAUUAAUCUGAUUUCAAAGUGUCGCCACCACGUUUUCCCGUUUCUUGCCUAGUUUUCUAGAGCCUCCAGAACUGAAUUGUAGCCUUUCACUUCUGAUCCUAAUGCUAAUUUCGCAAUUCGUCUUUUGAAGCAUAAUCGGCUCAAUGAAGCUGGUUCUUACUCGACAGACGCACAGAAUUCUCUUAGUUUUCUGAUCCAUCGGCCCUCCUUCAGAAGCAUUUCUGAGCGUCGUGCCUAAGUGUGAAGCCGGUUUGCUGAUGUGACGUCUUCAGGCUGUUGCUGCAUCUUCGUCGUCUUCAUUUUUUGCUUUUCUCAUUCCUUCGGCAUUCUCAUGGGAAGCUUUGACGUUUUUCUUCCGAUCGUUUGUUGUUAGCAUAAAUUAAGAGAAAGAAGACGUUUUGAGGUCCGGUCUUGUCGGAGGUUUCUUUUUUGGUGGCUAAUUCGCGCGCUCGAGAAGCGUUCAGUUUGUGACGAAAGCAAGAGGAUUGGUCUACUUCUUUCCAGAAGCUUUCGGCGUUUUUUCAAAAACUCUAAAUUUCGAAAUUCUGACUUUUCAUUAUUUUUAUGGUGAUCAUAGACGGAAUUUAAGAAGGAAAAGUUGCAAAAUUGAACGAUUAUUUACAUUUAUUUCUUAGAAUAGUUCAAGCUGAACUUUUUUCGAACAAAUCGUCGUCUCCAUUUCUGACUUUUUUUUUUUGUUGGUAUUGCAACUGGAGGAGAAGCUCGAGAUUGGAUUAGGUCUUCACUGGUUCAUAGAUAAAGAAAAUAUUUUUAAUAUUUUGAAGCCAUGAGAGAAAAACUCCAGUAGUACCGCUCCCGAGGUUUCAGCUUCGACGAAAACAGAAAUGUGGAUAGGAGUUGAAAGCUCUCAUUUUUUUUAAAACCAAAACCUCGAAACUAAGCAGGUCUGCCUUUCUAAGGAGUUUUGCAACUCCAAUUACGGCUUCAACCCAUUCUCAACCCAAGUAGUUCAGCACCAGGUGUAACUCUCACGACGUAGGAUCUUGAUCCCCUUGUAUUCGCCGCGUGCGUAUGAUUUCAUAUACACCCAAAACACACAGAGACACACAAACAGUGUUCUAUUCUUGGGAGUCCGGAGAGCGUGACUCGAUUGGAGACGGUCCCCCAGAAAUAGCGCCCAUAGGGCAAAUAAUAGACUGCACGACUGACCUGCCCGAAAUUUGUUGCGUCGCCGCGUGUUUGGUGGCUCUUUUUCUCCUUUUUUUUUGGCUCACCGGAGCAAAUUAUGAGAAAAAAUUUGAAAGUCUUAUUUUUUGGAGAACAAAACUACAGUUUUUCUUCGGAUUCGUACAUUUUGCUUGAUUUUGAAAUUUUGAAAUGGCUGUUCAGCAUAAUGAUCCUCUCAAUUUUCGUUUUUAUUGCUCUUUGAGCUGAAAAUGGUUUGAAAUACGUUGCCCUCAGCUCGUCGCCUGAUCAAAUUUCGAACAUUUCAAGCUUUUUCACUUAUUAAGAAAUCUUCGACAAGUAAAAGUUUUUGAUUUCCCUAGAAUAGUGCAUAGUUUCUUUCUCCAGUCCUCGGAGAAUCUUGAGAUCUCAACCAAUUCUCGUGGACGUUUCUCUACCGUAGUUCUUUACUCGACAGACCCUCAGGCGCAAAUCCUCGGACCCCCCACGCGAAGUCAAUUAUUGGACAAUGCGGCUAAAAAUAGCUGCGGUCGGACGCCGAAAAGGGAAAAAAAAAGAGGCAAAAAGAGCGAAUUGGAAGAACGGUUUCGGUGCGGCGGUUGUUGGGUGUCGCGUGCGCUCGUCGGAGCUUUAUCUUUCUUUUUUUUUCUCGGCUCCUUGUCCGCCUGGGGCGUUCUGCUCUGCUCAGAAACCGUCGUCGGCGGCGCCGUUUUGUGCUCAACACACUUCACUUUUACGGUUGCAGUCGAUUCCUUCGGCUCUUUGGAGCUCCUUUACACUCUCGCUUAUGCAUUCAUUAAACUGUCCUAG